GCAUUCGGUGAACUAAAAAUUAAGCGAAUACGUGUAGUUUUUCGGCGCUGUGUAAAAACGGAACGCGCAACGUUCGUUUUCACGACUGUUAUCGCUCGGUUGAUAAACGUUUUUUUCGAGGGGAGGUGAAUAGAAGAUGUUAAUAUUGUCGACCGACAACGUCGUGGUUAUUUUAUCGAUUUUCGCAAUUUCGACGUCAACGUCAGCGACGUCGUAACCUCAUCAAAAAAAAAACACAAUAAAACGUUACCUGAUGGGAUGGAGGUAGGUAGGGUGAAAAUCGCCGAAGAUAGCGACUUUAUAAACCUGAGGAAUCUUAUUGAUGACCAUGCCGAUUGGAAAUUGGAUUACGAUAAAGGCGAUAACACCAAAGUAUGGACACAAUCAAGGCCAAAUUCAAAUUUCAAAAUGGUAAAAUUACAAGCAGUCUUCCAAAAUAUAACACCAGAAACAAUGUUCGAUGUUUUACACGAUCCUGAAUAUAGGAAAGAAUGGGACGAGCACAUGAUUGUCUCAAUAGAUAUCGGCUACCUCAAUCCAAACAACGAUGUAGGAUAUUACGCACUGUCUUGUCCUCCCCCUGUAAAAAACCGCGAUUUCGUUUUACAACGUUCCUGGUUAGACUUAGGUACUGAAAAAUACAUUUUCAACCAUUCUGUCGAGCACAAAUCGUAUCCAUCGAAAAAAGGAUUUGUUCGUGGUAUUUCGAUUCUCACCGGAUUUUUAUUACGAAGACAGGAGAAUAAUUCGUGUCUUUUGGGUUACGUGACGCAAACGGAUCCACGCGGAAAAUUACCAUCGUGGUUGGUGAACAAAAUAACGCAAAAGUUCGCCCCUAAAAUUGUCAAACAACUUUUUAAAGCCGCUCAAGGAUACGAAGUGUGGAAAAUGAAUCAAUCAAAUCCGAUGUUUAAACCGUGGAUUUAUCCAGAACAGAUUAUGUUGUCUCAAAGAGUUAGUCUAGAAGAUUGUGUUAAUUCUGCUUCGUCAGUAACAACUGUAGGAAUCACAACGGAUUCGGAUUGAUUAAGAUUAAAAUAAGAGGGAUUUUAGAAGUAUUAAAAAGGUGACUAAUAAACUCUCAAAAGAAUUUUAUCAAAAUUAUUCGAAUAAGAUUAUUAAUCGAUCUUUUAAUAGUAUUAUUUUAGUAUUAUUUUUUAUGAGGUUGUUUUCUGUUAAUAAUAUAUUUUUGGUCUAUAUUAUACAGGGUGAGUUAUAUAGAAAGGUAAUCUUCUAAAUAGCUUCAAAGUUUUCAUUUGAAGAUUAACUAUCCUAAAUAACUUGCUUGGUAAACAAAAACGAAUUUGAUCAAGUAAUAAUAAUCUGAAACUAUUUAAUAAAUAAAGUAAGUAUAUUUAAAAAAGUUUAUGAUAUGAAGGUUGGGUAAAAUUGAAACUGUUUGUAAUUUCGAUCUCCUCUAUACUUAUUUUAUUGUAUCUCGUUGUAUUUGAUGAAAUUUACCUUUUAUGUCUUUCUAUCGUUGCUUUGUGGUUUUUCUAUGUAUGCAUUUUCUCUAUGAGUACUCCCACUCACUUUGGACAUUUAAGUAUGGAUGAAUUGAUGAAGAUAACUUUAAAUUGUCUCCGUUGAGGACAUUAAAUACAUGUUAAAAGAAGUUGUUACAUUUUAAAGAAUAACGAAUAUUGCCUUAGAACGUGAAGUGAAAUAUUUAUUACUAAUUAAAAAUAUUUUUGGAAGAAGCAAAAACUUGAUAAACUUUUUAUGAUAAUAAACUGUCUUGUAGAUUAAUGCGUUAAAAUUGUCAAAAAAAUAUUAAACUUUUAAUCUUAUAACCUAAAAUAGAUGAAACUAAUAAGAAAGUUAAGUUUUUUAAAUUAUAAUAUUUACAUAUUGUAUUUGAAAAUAUUUAAUGAUAAUAAACUUUUAUACUAA